GUAAUAAUAACAAGGAGAAUUUGUAUUUUUGCUGGAAACCUAAAUCCCAUUUAGCAAAGAAGAAACCAGAAAGUUAACAGAGAAAUGGAGAAAAUGGUGCUGAUGCGAUCUUUGUAUCGAUCGAUAUGCCGCAGAUCUACGGUCUUCUCCGCCACUGCAGCCGCCACAACCUCCGCCGUCAACCACCAGUCCCUCCGCCACCUCCAUUUCUCACCCCAGUCUUUCUCAGCUUCUCCGAGAAACGCUAUUACUGAAUGUCAGCAUCCUUUUACAAUGGCAAUGGGAAGCAUGCGUUCUUUCAGUGAGGAUGUAACUCACAUGCCUAAUAUAGAAGAUUCGGAGGUCAAACGCGCUUUUAAAGACUUGAUGGCUGCAAGCUGGGAUGAGCUCCCAGAUCCUGUCGUCUAUGAUGCAAAGAAUGCACUGUCCAAAACUACUGAUGACAAGGCUGGCCAGGAAGCUUUGGCGAAUGUUUUCCGUGCUGCUGAGGCAGUUGAGGAGUUCACUGGGAUUCUUACAUCUCUGAAAAUGGAAAUCGAUGAUGCUAUCGGUUUAAGUGGUGAAGAUGUGAAGCCUUUGUCAAAAGAAUUCUCUGAUGCACUGCAUACAAUAUUUCAACGCUACAACUCAUACCUGAGUGCUUUUGGGCCAGAUGAGGAAUAUUUGAGGAAGAAGGUUGAGAUGGAGCUGGGGACUAGGAUGAUACACUUAAAGAUGCGAUGCAGUGGCCUCGAUGCUGCAUGGGGAAAGGUUACGGUACUUGGGACUUCUGGACUUGCUGGUUCUUAUGUUGAGCAAAGAGCAUAGGCCUUCCAUCAUGGCAGAAAAACCACCAUGUUUUUGUCUUCAAUCACUUGGAAAACUGUUGUUUUUUUUAGAUAAUACAGGUUGCUCCAAUAUGAUAACAUUAUGUUGUACUUGAUUCUCAAGUUUGAUCAUGUGAUUACCACAACAGGCAAAUGAUAAUAAUCCUAAAAACUUGUGCAAGGAAAUCCUUUCUUGAAUAUUCAGAAA